GUGAAAACUAACGAGAAAUAGCCAAGAGCAGUAGGUCAUCGUCGGCGCCGCUCUGUAGUAGUAUUGGCAUCUUCUUCAGCCCGCUUGUCGCAGUUCUCACAAAACUAGUCGCAGUAGCCUGGAAAAGAAAUGGAUAUUGCUUUAUUUUCUCCGGCUUCUCUUUUCGCUGAUCCCGACGGCGAUUCCAAUGAUGAGGAAACUAAAGAAUCCCAUCAAAAUUUCGUGGAGAGAAAGCACCAAUUCCCUGGAAUGGAAUUGAUCAUUCGGGAGUUUUCGUUUCACCAGCUGAAUGCUAAUUUGUUGUGGCCUGGAACGUUUGCAUUUGCAGAAUGGUUAGUUCAGAACAGAUCAUGGAUGGCAGGACGGCGUGUAAUUGAGCUGGGAAGUGGAACCGGAGCCUUGGCAAUCUUCUUGCAUAAAUCAUUUAACCUCGAUAUUACAACGUCAGAUUAUGAUGAUCCUGAUAUUGAAGACAACAUAGCUCAUAAUUGCAGAUUCAAUGGGAUUAUUCCUGUACUUCCUCACAUAAAGCAUUCAUGGGGUGAAAUUUUCCCCAUAACCAAUCCAGACUGGAACCUGGUAAUUGCUAGUGAUAUCUUAUUGUAUGUGAAGCAAUAUCCAAACUUAAUAAAAACUCUCUCCUUCCUUUUGAAAUCCUACAAGCCACAAGCUAGUGAAGAAGUUUCUCAAAAAAGUCAAUCAAAUGAUGCAUGCCUGCUCCCCCGACCUGCAUUUUUGAUGAGCUGGAGGCGCAGAAUUCGGAAGGAGGACGAGUCACUCUUCUUCAAUGGAUGUGAUGAAGCUGGUCUUGAAGUACAGCAUCUAGGAACCCGCGUGUACUGCAUUGUACCUAGAGAAGUAAACUGUUGAUGAAAUUGCUGAAACACAGAGGAACGCAUGGAGAUGGGAGGAGUUCUGGGACUACAAGAAAGAAAAAUGGCUGAUGCCAACUGAUUCCUGAAUCUGAAGAUCCGUGAGGAUGCGAAUGAACAAGAGUUCUUGGACCCGAAUGAAAAUAGGCCCACUUGUUUUUGCUCUGAACGUCCGUGCGUAAACGUACUGUGUACGUACAUAUGGCAGCAGCCUCAAUUUGCGCCGACCACAAAAAAGACACGUUCCAACAAAGCCCGGGUGGAGAAAUGCUAGGACCGAUUAACUAAGCAAAUCUGUUGUAGAGCUGUGGUCAGAAGAUUUCGAUGAUGAUGACCUGAAUUAAGCUUAUAUUAGAUACCAUGGCCAUAAUAUUUCUUGCAGGCAAAUGAGGAAAAAGCAUAAUAGAUCACACAAAUAGAUAUGUCAAUGAGUCGGAUCUUAUUUAAAUUCAAUAUAUUUAGGUAGGAUUUGAGUUUAAUUUAUUAAACUUAAAUCCUGUUUAGAUCCAAACUCAGACACUAUAAAAGAGUCAUGGAUCUGGAUUUAGAUAGGGAUUGAUUUUCUACG